AAGUUUACCGACUCAGUGAAAAUGAACGAAGGUAUCCUUUCAAACCUUCUGGAAUCACACUUAAAAAGAUUCAUUUUCGUUCCCCUUCUCUCUAUUUCUCUUUGAUCUCAUCACAAUCAUGCUUCACCCAAAGCACCAAGGCUACUUUCAUUUAUAUCUUGUGCUCCUAAAGGCACACCAUCAUUAUCAUCUUCAUUCUUCGCUUUCUCUAUCUUCCAACUCCCAACUUUAACUUGUCUGGAUCCAAUUUUUGCUUCAUUUUUCCCUUCAAAAUUUUCUGCAUCUUUCGCUUUUCCACUCUCACUCUUCUUCAUUUUACCUUGUUACUCUUUCUUUUACUUACAGCAUCCUUAUCUCCAUCCUCAUCCUCAUCCAUAUCUGCGCGGUCUUUUCUCCCAUUUUUGCGUUCUAUUCUCACUCUUUUUUUCGUUCUCCCAAGUUUCUCUUUUCCAUCAUGAAACUUGUCAGAAGAACAAGAAGAAGAUGAAAGAAGGAAAGAAAGAAAGCAAAAGAAACUCAUUGGAAUAAAUUUCAUUGUAAGCAUCUCUAUUUUCAUAUCAUGUGUGCUUCCAUAUCAUCUAUUCAAAUAGGAUUUAAAUGAUUUAACUUGUAUAAUCAUCACCAUCAUCAUCAUCAUAAUCAUAAUCAUCUUCACCUUCAUCACCAACAGAACCAUUAUCAUCGACCUCAUCUUCACUUUCCAGUGCACGAGAAAAUAAACAAAAGAAACAAAAUCAACGAGGUAAACAUAGAAAAAUAGUUUUUUUCGUUAUUCAAUUGUUAAAGUCACCUUGCAAUCAACAUCAUACAGUUUCAUGAUUCAUGUGGCCAAUACUUCAUCAUUGUUGAAACAAAAGGUUCAUUAUAAUUUACCAUCAACAAAAAUCUCAGUGAUUGUGGAGUAAAAGUGAAAACAAAUUAGUCACAAUCAUGGCAAUGAUACGAGCAGGAGGUGGAGGUGGACUAAACACUGGACCAUGGGCUGAGUUGAUGGAAAAAUUUCGUGAAAAGCAACAUGUUCAAUCGAAGCGCGAUCAACAAUCAUUGCCAAAGGUUGCAACUGACAAUCUAUUGGAAAGAACUCGAUCUGAUGCUGGCAUUGAAUUCGGACCUCGUCACCGAUUUGAGCAGAUAAGCCAUGAUCAUACGCUUUGUGAACGGGUAAUAAUCAAUGUUAGUGGAACAAAAUUUGAAACUCAAUUACGAACUUUAAAUGUUUUUCAAGAUACUCUUUUAGGUGAUCCUUUACGAAGAAUAAGAUAUUUUGAUCCAAAUCGAAAUGAAUACUUUUUCGAUCGAUGCCGAGUUGCCUUUGAAGCUAUCCUCUAUUAUUAUCAAAGUUGCGGUCGCCUUCGCAGGCCUGGUAAUGUUCCGUUGGACAUUUUUGUGGAAGAAGUUAAAUUUUAUGAACUGGGGGAAGAAGCGCUGGAAAAGUUGAAAGCUGAUGAAGGUUUUGCAGCUGAUAAAGAGGAGAGACCUUUACCAACCAAUGAACUUCACCGUAAAUUGUGGUUACUCUUUGAGCAUCCUGAAAGUUCGCAGGCUGCUCGAAUAGUUGCCAUUACUUCAGUUUUAGUCAUCAUUGUAUCAAUUGUUAUCUUUUGCCUGGAAACAUUGCCACAGUAUAAGCAUUAUAAAAUAUUCACAACAUUCGACAAUAAAACUCGAGUCAUUGAAAACGACGUGCCAUCAACUUCGAACCCCUUUUUCAUCAUUGAAUCCCUGUGCAUUGUUUGGUUUCUCGUCGAGUUUCUCAUUCGUUUAUUUGCCUGUCCAUCUAAAAUUGAGUUUAUAAAGGACAUUAUGAAUGCAAUCGACUUUAUGGCAAUCGUUCCAUUCUUCAUAACACUUGGAACUGUUUUUGCUGAUAAAGAAGAACCCAAAACCUUUAGUGGUGAAAAACAAAAUCAAGGAGCUUCCCUGGCCAUUCUCAGAGUUAUCCGUUUGGUUCGAGUUUUUCGAAUUUUCAAGCUUUCUCGACACUCCAAGGGCUUACAAAUAUUGGGAAUGACUUUGAAAGCUUCUCUUCGAGAAUUGGCCUUAUUGAUAUUUUUCCUUCUCAUUGGUGUUAUCCUUUUCUCUUCAGCCGUUUACUAUGCUGAAGCUGGAUCCGAACGAUCCUAUUUCAAGUCAAUACCUGAUGCCUUCUGGUGGGCUGUAGUCACCAUGACCACUGUCGGCUACGGAGAUAUGGUUCCACUUGGUGUUUGGGGUAAAAUGGUUGGCUCACUGUGUGCCAUUGCUGGUGUACUUACUCUAGCCCUGCCUGUGCCUGUGAUAGUUUCCAAUUUUAAUUAUUUUUACAAUCGUGAGAUGGGCUCGGAAGAUUUAAACAACAUCAACCUGCAUCAUGUCAAGAGUUGCCCUUAUAUUGGGCUUUAUCCUUAUCAAACAAGCUCAUACACAAUGGAUCCAGAUGAAGACAAUGCAUCUCAAACGUCUUUCCCUGAUGUUUCCAAUCAUCAUCAAAUUUCAUGUCAACCCUAUCAUCAUCAUCCUCACCAACAACACGACCAUCAUUCCCACUCAUCUAACCAGCAAUACUAUCAUCAUCCCAAUACCUAUCAAUCAGAUGGCCUAAUUUAUAAUAAAUUAGAUACUGACAAUGAUCCAAACAACUCAGAUUAUCUAGACUGUGAUUCAAUUAUGCAAUAUGAUAUAACUCAAUUAAUAAAUCAAAAAAGGCAAACUUGACUUUCUUUGUUCAUUUCUUUUUGUCACUCCCUUCAUCUUGGACAUAAUCUAUUGCAUCAUUACCACCACUUUGACCAUAAAUCCAAACUCGAGUAACUCAUUCGCAUCAAUGAAUAAACAUUUUUUUUCACAUUCAUUUCAACAUGUUGAUAUCAGUAACUCUAUGCCUUUUCACUCGAAAUUGAAUAAACAACAGCCACUGAAUGAUAAUUUUUUGAUCGUUUUCUGCUUGUUUCAUUGGUUUGCAAAUAAUCGUAUCAUAAUUGUUAUAUUUCAUUGUUACAAUCAUUUUUGUGGGUUUUAUGACUUUUCUAUUUUAAUUGUAAAAAAUCUGUCUUUUGAUGAGCAAAAUUAAAGUUUAUCUUUAC